GAGCAUUCAGUAGCCCUCGAGCAGUCUAACACAGAAGUGCACGAUGAGAUUUCUGAUUGUUGCCGCCGCCGUCCUCGCCUGCGCCGCAGCCGCACCCUCGGGUGCCCUGCUGGCACCUUAUGGCCACGGUCUGGGACUCGCCCACGGUGGUCUGGCUGUCGCCCAUGGAGCUCCUCUUGGUCUCGCCCACGGUGGACUCGCGGUCGCCCACGCCGCUCCCCUGGCCGUCGCCCACGCUGUAGCGCCCACCAUCCCCCCCGGUGACAUCGCCGGAGCCGCCAUCGACGCCCACGUCGAAGCCGUUGACCACGCCCGCGCUAUCGGCGACCAGGCUAGCGAAAUCCACGGACAGGCCCUCAACGCUGCCGAAGACCACGCAUGGCAGGCGGUCGAUGCUGCUCAGACAGCUCAAGCUCAAGUUGAUGGUGCCGCCGCCGGUGUAGCUCCCAAUGUAGCCCGCCAACUCGUCGGACACGGAGCUGUAGCCCACGCCGCUAUCGCCGCUCCCGCCUUGGCUCAUGGAGCGCUUGUUGGACCCGCCCUCGCUCACGGAGCCCUGGCCGGCCCAGCCCUCGCCCACGGAGCUCUAGUCGGUUCCGCCCUCGCUCACGGAUACGCCGGCAGCCAUUCGGUCGCCACUUCAUCCUUGUCCCAGACCCAUCCCGCCCCGAUCGUCCACGCACCAAUCGCAUACGGCGCCCACGGUCUUGGCCACGGACUUGCCCACGGACUUGCCCACGCUUGGUAAACUGUGAUACAUAUUUAGCCAAAAAAACAAAACAACAAAAAACCUAAUACUCAUAAUUUGGAAUGUAAUUUAUGUAUAAAUUUUUUUAUGUAAAGAACAUAAGUGGCGAGGAUGUGUGAAUAAACGAAAUGGUAACUUAUAAAAAA